UAUAAACAGAGUAACCAUCAUCCCUGAAGUGCAGUGUAAGCUAAACAAAUUUUAGCGUAUAACACUCAGUCCCCACAAAAAAUCUCUCCCCAAAAAUCCUUUCUUUUUUUCUCAUACUAAAACAAAAACCUCACUGCAAAACUUCACUAUCAAUGGCGUAAAGCAUUAUCAAGAAACCUCCCUUGCGUGUCCGAAACCUUUACCAAAAAAAAAAAAAAAAAAAAAAAAACAAUCGGGCCAUACCCACAAAAAAAAAAAUACAACAAACCCAUAGUACUAAUAAACUUGUUGGAUAUUCAAAUUGAUCAAUUGAAGAAAGUGUUUGUGUUUUUUUUUUUUUUUUUGUUGGUUUUUGUGGGUGUGUAUGAGGAAUACAGAGAAAAGCAAAGCUGGGAAAGCACGGAGAGAUAUUGUUGGAAGGUUUAUUGGAUUGUAUCCAUGAAAUCACGACAGCGUUUGUAUUUACUAGGAUGAGUGAUUCUGCUUAUCGUGUUGAUACUACUUCUCGCCUUGCUCAAUGGCGUAUUGACAAUUUGUCUUCUUGUACUUAUCGCAAAUCCGAUCCUUUCAAGAUCGGCAAAUGGAAUUGGCACUUAGCUGUGGAGAAGAACAGGACAUUGUCCAUUAAAUUAUACCCAGAGAUAUCAAAUUUCACAAGAGAGAAUCCUCCAAUUGCAUCUUUUAUAAUUAGAUUAAUCUCGUCGUUGGGAGAUCGCAAGACUCUGAUUCACCCUGAAAUUAUAGACAAGCAACUCAAGACUAACGACGAUUUUGUUUGGCCAAUUGAAGUCCCCUUAACUGGGAAGUUCAUCAUCGAUGUUGAGUUUCUUGAUCUGAAAACUGCAGCGCCUCAUAGUGGGGAGCUGUGCUCAAUCUGGGCUGAAGGAUUAACCGAGAAACAAUCGAAUGCAACUGCUCUGUCAUCACUUGGCCGAAUGUUGUCUGAGAGCAUUCACACGGACAUCAUAAUAAAUGCUUCUGAUGGAAGUAUUGGGGCACAUCGUGCAGUUCUUGCUGCAAGAUCACCUGUCUUUCGAAGCAUGUUCUCCCACGACCUCAAAGAGAAAGAAUUAUCUGCGAUAAACAUCUCCGACAUGUCAAUAGAAGCUUGCCAAUGUUUUCUGAACUACAUUUACGGGAACAUACAAAACGAAGAAUUUUUAACCCAUCGACUGGCUUUGCUUCGAGCAGCUGAUAAGUACGACCUCUUGGAUUUGAAGGAGGCGUGUCAUGAAAGUCUAAUGGAAGAUAUUGAUGCGAAGAAUGUUCUAGAGAGGCUCCAAACUGCUUCUCUUUAUCAAUUGCCGAAGCUGAAGGCAUCUUGUAUGAGGUAUCUUGUGAGGUUUGGUAAAAUAUUCGAUAUAAGAGACGAUUUCAAUGUGUUUCUGCAAUAUGCAGACAGAGAAAUCAUUAGUGAAAUCUUCCAUGAAGUUCUUGCUGCUUGGAAAGGAUUCUGAUAUAUCUAUUGUUCAUGCUGGUUGAUUCAGUAUUGCACAGAUCAGUGUAUGUUCAUUGGGCAAUAUUCUUUGGUUUAAAUGAAUUUGGUUUGUGUAUAUUCCACUUUGUACAUAAAUUUGGUUUUUCUGAAACCUAUGUUUAUGGACCUUCAUAUCGUCUUGAUUUUUGGUGAUUA